CCGGGCCGCGGCCACGGCGGCGGCGGCGGCGGUGGCGGCGACGCGCCCGCCCGGCCCCCUCCCCCGGCGCCGGCCAAGUGAGGCGGUGAUGCGGGCGCUGGCGGCCUGGGCUGAGCCGAGAGCGGAGACACAGGCUCAAGAUGGCAGAUUCCCACUGAGGCUGAGGGGGCCGAGCUCGCGCGCCGCGUUCCCUUCUCCGUUGCCAUGAACCGCGGACACCCCGGCCCCGAUGGCCCCCGUGUACGAAGGUAUGGCCUCACAUGUGCAAGUUUUCUCCCCUCACACCCUUCAAUCAAGUGCCUUCUGUAGUGUGAAGAAACUGAAAGUAGAGCCAAGUUCCAACUGGGACAUGACUGGGUACGGCUCCCAUAGCAAAGCGUACAGCCAGAGCAAGAACAUACCACCUUCUCAGCCAGCCUCCACAACCGUCAGCACCUCCUUGCCAAUCCCAAACCCAAGCCUACCUUACGAGCAGACCAUCAUCUUCCCAGGAAGUACUGGACACAUAGUUGUAACAUCAGCAAGUAGCACUUCUGUCACCGGGCAAGUCCUCGGCGGACCACAUAACCUAAUGCGUCGAAGCACUGUGAGCCUCCUUGACACCUACCAAAAAUGUGGACUCAAGCGAAAGAGUGAGGAGAUUGAGAACACAAGCAGCGUGCAGAUCAUUGAAGAGCAUCCACCCAUGAUUCAGAAUAAUGCCAGCGGGGCCACUGUAGCUACUGCCACCACAUCCACUGCCACCUCCAAAAACAGUGGCUCCAACAGCGAAGGCGACUACCAGCUGGUGCAGCAUGAGGUGCUGUGCUCCAUGACCAAUACCUAUGAGGUGUUGGAGUUUUUGGGCAGGGGGACAUUUGGGCAAGUGGUCAAGUGCUGGAAACGGGGCACCAAUGAAAUUGUGGCCAUUAAGAUCUUAAAGAACCACCCUUCCUAUGCCCGGCAGGGUCAGAUUGAAGUGAGCAUCCUAGCCCGGCUGAGCACAGAGAGCGCAGAUGACUACAACUUUGUGCGGGCCUAUGAGUGCUUCCAGCACAAGAAUCACACCUGCUUAGUCUUCGAGAUGUUGGAGCAGAACCUCUAUGACUUUCUGAAACAGAACAAGUUUAGCCCCUUGCCCCUCAAGUACAUUCGCCCAGUCCUCCAGCAGGUAGCUACAGCCCUGAUGAAACUCAAAAGCCUGGGUCUUAUCCAUGCUGACCUCAAACCAGAAAACAUCAUGCUGGUAGAUCCAUCUAGACAGCCAUACCGAGUGAAGGUCAUUGACUUUGGUUCAGCAAGUCACGUCUCCAAAGCCGUCUGCUCUACCUACUUGCAAUCCAGAUACUACAGGGCCCCUGAGAUCAUCCUUGGUUUGCCAUUCUGUGAGGCUAUUGACAUGUGGUCCCUUGGUUGUGUCAUUGCUGAGCUGUUCCUGGGCUGGCCGUUAUAUCCAGGAGCUUCCGAAUAUGAUCAGAUUCGGUAUAUUUCACAAACACAGGGUUUGCCAGCGGAAUAUUUAUUAAGUGCAGGGACAAAGACAACUAGGUUUUUCAACCGUGACACCGACUCUCCAUAUCCUUUAUGGAGGCUAAAGACACCAGAUGACCAUGAAGCUGAGACGGGGAUUAAGUCAAAAGAAGCAAGAAAGUACAUUUUUAACUGUUUGGAUGAUAUGGCCCAGGUGAACAUGACAACAGAUUUGGAAGGGAGUGACAUGUUGGUAGAGAAGGCAGACCGACGGGAAUUCAUUGACCUAUUAAAGAAGAUGCUGACCAUAGAUGCUGAUAAGAGGAUCACUCCCAUCGAAACUCUGAACCACCCCUUUGUCACAAUGACACACCUGCUCGACUUUCCCCAUAGUACACAUGUCAAAUCUUGUUUCCAAAACAUGGAGAUUUGCAAGCGCCGGGUGAAUAUGUAUGACACAGUGAACCAGAGCAAAACACCAUUCAUCACGCACGUGGCCCCCAGCACAUCCACCAACUUGACCAUGACCUUUAACAACCAGCUGACCACUGUCCACAACCAGGCUCCCACCUCCACCAGUGCCACUCUUUCCUUAGCCAAUCCCGAAGUCUCCAUACUAAACUACCAAUCUACACUCUACCAGCCCUCAGCGGCAUCCAUGGCCGCAGUGGCCCAGCGGAGCAUGCCCCUGCAGACGGGAACAGCCCAGAUUUGUGCCCGGCCAGAUCCCUUCCAGCAAGCUCUCAUCGUGUGUCCCCCUGGCUUCCAAGGCCUGCAGGCCUCUCCCUCCAAGCAUGCCGGCUACUCGGUGCGGAUGGAAAAUGCUGUUCCCAUCGUCACUCAAGCUCCAGGAGCUCAGCCUCUUCAGAUUCAACCAGGUCUGCUUGCUCAGCAGGCCUGGCCAGGUGGGGCCCAACAGAUCCUGCUUCCUCCAGCCUGGCAGCAGCUAACUGGCGUGGCCACCCACACGUCCGUGCAGCAUGCAGCUGUGAUUCCUGAGACCAUGGCAGGCACUCAGCAACUGGCCGACUGGAGGAACACACAUGCUCAUGGAAGCCAUUACAAUCCCAUCAUGCAGCAACCUACACUCUUGACUGGACAUGUGACCCUUCCAGCAGCCCAGCCCUUAAAUGUGGGUGUAGCCCAUGUGAUGAGGCAACAACCAACCAGCACCACCUCCUCCAGGAAGAGUAAGCAGCACCAGUCAUCCGUGAGAAAUGUCUCCACCUGUGAGGUGACCUCUUCACAAGCUACCAGCUCCCCUCAGCGAUCCAAGCGUGUCAAGGAGAACACUCCCCCACGGUGUGCCAUGGUGCACAACAGCCCAGCCUGCAGCACCUCAGUCACCUGUGGGUGGGGUGAUGUGGCCUCCAGCACCACAAGGGAGCGACAGCGACAGACGAUUGUCAUCCCUGACACCCCCAGCCCCACCGUCAGUGUCAUCACCAUCAGCAGCGACACAGAUGAGGAGGAAGAGCAGAAACACGCCCCCACCAGCACGGUCUCCAAGCAGAGGAAAAAUGUCAUCAGCUGUGUCACAGUCCAUGAUUCUCCCUACUCUGACUCCUCCAGCAACACCAGCCCCUACUCGGUGCAGCAGCACACAGGGCACAAUGGCUCCAACACCCUGGACACUAAGGGGGGCCUGGAGAAGCACUGCACCGGCAACCCCCGCACCAUCAUCGUACCCCCACUGAAGACCCAGGCCAGUGAAGUGUUGGUAGACUGUGACAGCCUAGGGCCAGCGGUCAGCACCAGUCACCAUUCAUCCUCCUUCAAGUCCAAGUCCUCCAGCACCGUGACCUCCACCAGUGGCCACUCUUCAGGGAGCUCAUCAGGAGCCAUCGCCUACCGGCAGCAGCGACCAGGCCCCCAUUUCCAGCAGCAGCAGCCCCUCAAUCUCAGCCAGGCUCAGCAGCACAUGGCUACAGACCGCACUGGGAGUCACCGUCGGCAGCAGGCCUACAUCACUCCGACUAUGGCCCAGGCUCCAUACACCUUCCCGCACAACAGCCCCAGCCAUGGCACUGUACACCCCCACCUGGCUGCAGCUGCCCAUCUCCCCACCCAGCCUCACCUCUACACCUAUACCGCGCCCACAGCCCUAGGCUCCACCGGCACCGUAGCCCACCUGGUGGCAUCCCAAGGUUCAGCACGCCACACUGUGCAGCACACUGCCUAUCCGGCCGGCAUCGUCCACCAAGUCCCCGUGAGCAUGGGGCCCCGGGUCCUACCCUCACCCACCAUCCACCCCAGUCAGUAUCCAGCCCAGUUUGCCCAUCAGACCUACAUCAGCGCCUCGCCAGCCUCCACCGUCUACACUGGAUACCCACUGAGUCCUGCCAAGGUCAACCAAUACCCUUACAUAUAAACACUGGAGGGACCCGCAGGGAGGGGGUGGAGGAGCUCCCACAGACCUGGGGAGCUGGGGUUUUAUACUGCAGGUGCCGCACACAAGCAAUGCAAAUGGGGCAGGGGGGGGACAGUCAGGACAGAAGUGAAACUUGAACUAGGAAGUGGGAGGACUUAGAGCAGAGAAGAGAACCUUUUAAAAGGAAGGGAUUAAGGAGUGGGAAAUCUAUGCUUUUUAUUUUAAAAAAGAAAAAGGAAAAAAAGAAAAAGAAAAAUUAGUAACAAAAGAGUAAAAAAAGAAAAAACUCAGCUCACAAACCCAUUCUGCACCAAACUGGAAAAAAAAGAAGAGCUACAGGAAGAUUCUGGAAGCAAGGGGCCCCAGUUUUUGAAGAACUUUAUGAACUUUUUAAAGAUUAUUUUCAUAUGGCAGCAAGUGACAUUGAAGAAUUUGCUGUCAAGGAGACCUGAUAUGGAAAUCCAAUAGAUUUUUAAUUAAUUGAACAUGAAAAUUAGGGAUUUUUCCGGAACUCCAAAAGGGUCAACACCCCUUUCAAGUAUCAGGCCGUGGCCUGAGGAGGCUCAUAUUUGGGGUUGGUCUGGGGAUGGCAAAGUCCAGUUCUGGCUCAUUCGUCAGGAACAGUGGGGUCAGCCAGACUGAUGGAAGACCCUCAGGAGAGGGGCAGGUUUCCUCUUUUGGGGUAUUCUGGAUAAAUCUCUAAGCAAUGUUAUUCCUCAGAUAUCAUAAUAAUGUGUGUUGCAGUCUUUAAUUUUUUUCUUUUCUGUGAUUUUUCUUUUUAUCUCGAAUCAACCCCUAGUGGUGUAGCAUAGGGCUAGGUCGUCACGGACACCCUGGUAGAAUGUAGCGCUCUGCACCCUCGUUUCCCACCAAUAGACUAUCCCUCAAUACGAUUGCACAAAACAAGUGAUCUAGCAUCGGCAGGAGCCAAUGUGGUGGUCUAGGUGAACGAGCGAGUGUACGUGAGCACGUGUGGGUGUGAACGGGGCUGCCACCCUCCCCGUGUGUCCCUUGGCACCGCCGUCACAGCCCUUGCAGUCUUGAUUUUACAUCAUUCCCUCCUAGUGCCUUAACGACCGACAGACAGACACGGUGAAGGGUAACUUCCACUGGUACUCCAAGAAACUGGCUGGGGCAGGUCAGAUAUGUUCUCAGCUCUUUUGUUAAGCUGUUAAAAGAGUACUUUACUUGGGUCUUUUUGGUUUUGUAUUGUUUUAAUGUCAUGUGGAUUGUCUUUCCUGGGCUCAUUGUGAGCAGAAGGAUUUCAAAGAAGCUUGUAUAACUAAAAGCGGGGAGGCGGGGAUCUCAGGAGAGAUGUAAGAGCCAGGUGGGGGACACUGGCGACAUCUGGUUCUUCUGAGUUUUCCUCUGAGGGCAGAGGUCCAGAGAGACUCCCCACCCUGCCCUAGCUUUGCCACACAUGGCGUGAGGGGGUCUUAAGGACCUUCGCCAGGCAGCUGCCUCAGCCUCCAGACCCACCACCCGCUUCCUGGAGCCAUCUGGGGAGAGGCAGGAGACCUGUUCCCAUUUCUGCGUCCCUCCCCAGUCCCUCCCUCCCACAGAAGCCUAGUAGUCUCAGACAUACCUGCAUAUCUCUCCACCAGCUCCAGGGACUCCGGUCGGGCUCCCCUGCAGACCGCCACUGCUACAUCUGCUGUUGCAAUGAACCUAGGUCUCCCAGUCCACUUGGACCUCUGCCUUUGAGAGAUGAGCAGGCAGAGGGGCUGGAGGGACAUUUGGGAAAACACUCCCAUGGACAAUUAAGCCUCAAAGAAAUCUGCCCUUCACCCUCUGCAUUCUGGAUGUUUUCUCCAGCUUUGAACAGUGAGGUGGGUAGGAAUUUUCUGUUCCUACUGGGAAACUCUGAAGCCAUGGAGGUUGGAGACAGUCAGGUCCAGGAUGGGACAUAGCAGCGUGGUAUGGAUUAUUUGAGCCUGGUGUGAGUCCUAGCUAGCCCCUAAUCCACAUCUUCAGGUAGAAGGUUUGUGGUCAGCAGUCCAGCCUUCCCAGUAUCCUCCCUGCCUUCCCUCUGUAGGCCCUGAGCAAUCUACUGUGAAAGACUUCCCUCAUGAGACCUGCCUUCCUUCAGUAACAAAGCUUACUUAGCUUUUAGCUGUGAAAAACUCUGGAAACUUCCCCACCCAUUGAUUCUUAUAAGGUCCCCCAACUGGAUAUGUCUUAGUGCACCUUUGGCCAAAAAGAAGAGAUGCUAGAGCCUGGCGAGGCCUGACCCACUCCAGCCAAGGACUAGAGGGAAGCUGCAUCCUUGUCCUAGUCAGCUACUUUAGCCCAAGCCUGGCUUUAGCUGAAAGUGAGACAACAGGAAAAGUCAGUUCAAGGUGGGGUGGGCAUCAAAGCCUUUGGAGAACCCCUGAGCCAGAGGCUCCUGGAGCCUCACCAGCAUGGAAACCCAUCUGUCACGGAGCUUCCAGCAGUCAGAUGGCAGCAGUUUCCCUUGGGGCCUUCUCGUACUAAGUCCUGACUGGAAGUGGGCCUGGGUUUGCCUUGCUCUGUGGUGGGAUCUGGAGGGCCAGCGCGGUCCAGAGCUGGUCUAGAAGAGGGAGGACUUGUCCUCCAUCUCUUCUUGUCCGCUGACACUGAAGCUCUUCCACCCCUUCUGUCCUUUCCUCUUCUCCUUCCAGACCAACCAUGAAUGUUCCCUGUUGCUCAUAAGUUAGUCUUAUCGUACUGAUUAUUGUGUUAUUGCCACUGUAAUUAUGAUCAUUAUCACCUUGUUGCUAUUUUAGUCAGGGUGUGAACACAUUUAUUCCAAGUAUCUUUGUGUUUUCUUCGUAAUAUGUAAAUUUGUUUUACUAUAGCUGUGAGUAUAUGAGUAGACUGGAGGGACAUACAGAUGUCCAGUCUUGUCCGAGGGAAUGGAAAAAAAAAAGGAAAGAAGGCUCAGGAAUUAGGAAAAAUUGUUCCUGUCAUCUCUGUCCCAUAGAGAGCUGCAAAGAAGGCUACUGCAAAGCAGAGACUCGGAUACAUUGGGUCCUUCUCACAUGGCCCAGCUGGGUACUCAACCGCUGUUGGUACAAUGUCUUUUGGACCUUUGGCAGUUUCUCCCACGUUCUCUGUGCUUCCCUCCGCAUCUAAACUACUGACCAGAUCUUAGCCUGCCUCACAUCUGACAGUCAGCUCCAAAGGCCCCUCUCAAAGCUGCCCCGACCUUUCCUUACCUUCAUUUUUCCCGUCACUCAGCUCAGCUCUUUCAGUGCAGAGACAGUGGUCCCACCCAGAAGCCAUUAGGUGCAGUGAAGGUUAUGGGCAGCCAGUGCCUCCUUGUGAGAUAUUUCUGCCUCACUCUGUCCUUCUGCUCAGUUGCCACCCUUCCUGUUUCCCUGGUCUGCUUCUUCCCAGACAUCUAUCUUCCCAGCACGCUGUUCUAGGGAGCGAAGUCAAGGAAUGAGACAUAAGAGAGCCCCACGCAGACAGACCAGCAGCUGCUCAGAUGCUGCAGGACUCCUAAAUCACUGGCAAGUGAAGGGCACAGUGGGACUUGUAGCCACCUCCUUCCCGGGCUCUAACUGUGCCCUUCAGUGUGUGCAUUGUGGUGAUGGUGUGUGUGCGUUACCCACUGUCACUCAGAACAAGCAGGCCCCCGGUGAAGGAAGUUCCCCGAACAGAAGAUAGCCACUCGGCAAACCUCCAUUCCACUCCCGCGCCUCCCCUGUUCUCAAGUCCAUGUACAGGAGUCACACAAUACCCCAGCCAGUCAGCACCCUCACCUAAGUUCCCGAGGUGCUCAGCACCUCAUCCCUUUGCAAAGAUGGAAGAAAGGCUGCUGUCCUUGGUACUACGUACGCUCUCAGUGGGAGGGGGCCACUUAGUCCUUAGUAGACCAUGUGUCUCUGGGCCUUCUCUAGUGAAGAAACACUGCUCAGCUUGAGGAAGAUGAGAAGGAAACAGGUCUGUGGCACUCAUGACCCUCAGGUCAGCAGACUCUGCUGCUCGCUGGGUUCUUACUGACCAUCUGGGCCUUGGCACACGGGCCUGUGUGUCAGUAUGUCGGAGUGAUGUUUUAGGAAAGCAGAUGAGCGGGCCAGUGGGUAGGCAAGGCUGGUGUUCAUGUCAGUUAACCCUGUGAAGUGGAUGUGGUUGGUAUGGUUCAGAGGAAAAGGGGUGGGUGGAGGGGGCCAGUGUCCCCUGGACUGUGUUCAAGUUUCUCUCCUUCCUGGGGCAAGGUUGUUUUCCACUAUAAAAGCCAACUUGGCUUUGUUCUGUUUGCUUCUAAGGAUUGAAGCUGACCAACCAUUGCAUGGAGCAGGUCAGGAAAGGAGGUCAGCACAGCCGAUAGGACCUCCCUAGACCAGCUCUUAGGAGAUGCAGACACUUUUGAACGGUGUGGCGGGGGAGUGCAUUGGCUGACUUUAGUGAGUGGAGUUAAUGUUGAGGAGGCUUAAGGAAGUACUCCUGGUGGUUCAUGGUAGUAAGGGUGAUUGGGUCCUUACUCCGUCCCUCCCUCCCCCAGGUUCUCAUCAUCUGGCUGAGGGCAGAGUAGGAUGUGCGCAGGGCUCUUGCUGGCCUGCCAAGUAGCUGCUAGGACAGAAGACAGGAGAGAGCUAGCAGAGAGAGUUCCUUCCAUAGCCCAGCCCGAGACCACACAGCCCCCAGCCAGGCGCUGGACCACAGCACAUUGCCCCAGGGUCUCCCAGGCUUCGCUCCUCAUUCCUGUUUUCCCUCUUAUGUGCUUUUCAGAUUUUCGGUGGGGGUCCUCAAAAUUAAGCAGGCCAGAGAUGUCCUUACCAAAUUAGAGAGGAAAGUAAAACUGUCCCUUUCUUUAGCCAAAGACACCUUUACAGGCAGACAAAUGUCAUCCCCUGUUCCCUUGGGCAAUACUGGCUUCAGUGAUGCAGUUCCGUUUAUUCAUUUAUUCCCCUCCCUGUCCUGCCUCCUUUUUUUUUUUUUUUUACUCUCACUGCAUUUAUUUCAAAACCACUCAUCUUUAAAGAGGAGUGAAGUCUAGUCCUAAGUGCUGCUGUUCCUAGGUAACUGAGGCCCCUACAGUGUUCAUUUGUGUUUAAUUGAUCUCAUGCUUCUGUGGGGAGCUAGCAAACAAGCAAGCAACCCUUCCCUGGUGACCCACGCUGCCUCUCGGGCUCCGGAUGCACAGGACCGGCUUGAGAUGGCAGCAUCUGUCCACCUGCCCGGUCUCAACAAGCAGUACUCAGACAAAUCCAUCAAGCCACUGAAGAACCAAAGAUGGCGAAAUGAGGCAUACUUAAUUGCAAAAGCAACCUCAUGAACACUUUGGCACUAUGGCUCUCUGUAGUGACCAACUGAAGAGAGGUUUCCCGGGUCUUUAGAGCAGUCUCUUUCCUUCUGGCUCAGAGUUGCCAGAAAAGAGAGCCUGAGGCUCCUUGUCACAGACCCUUCCCCAAUCCUUUCAGGGUCCCGCAUCCCAGACCAGUGCAGGAGAGCACUGCACAGAUGACCUCCUGCUGCACACAGUAGUGUGCUAGGACUACCCCUUGUAUGAGGACUCACCGACGGUUAUUGAGUGUUCACAGUAUGCCAAGGCCUUGCUGAGCAUCCUCUCACAGACCCAUCACGACCACCCACCCCUGGCAAGAAGUCAAUACCCCCUGUUUGACAGAUAGAAGAGCUGUCCCUCUGAGAAACUGGAAUGUGAGAAAGGAAAAGCGUGAUACAUUUCAGAAUCCCCAAGUUUUUAAUCCUAUUUUUUUGUUAAUCAGGACUUUACUGAUGUAAAAUUUGUUUCCCUGUUUAACUACUAACUACAGUGACAGCCUAUCUCUAAUGGGUCAUUCAAUGACGCUCCCAUUCCCUAAGUGCCAAACACAGGCUAAGAAUUGCUCAGUGAGCCCCGUGACACCAGCCACGUCAGUCCCUGUACAGAUGAGGCACCUGGCUUAAAGCGCCCGUAAGCUGCCCAGGCCACCCAGCUGGUGAGAAGGAACGAGCUUGACCUUCUAUCUGCUUGGCUCUAGAACUAGCUCACAGACCCAGCCUCAGCUGCCUCCCUGUGUACAGCGAGGACAGUCCUUUGCUGAAUGUCACGCUCUGUCUUCCCUAUGCUGCUGUGGGCUCAGCGUGUCUGUGCAAAGAGGGUUCCUGGAUGGGAUGCAGGUGGAAGAGGAGGAGUUUGACUUUAAGAACAGUCGGGAGUUUCUCUGGAUUCCUAGAAUUCCUUUCUGGUUUCUUUCCAGCAACUAGCUUUAGUCACACUGCUACAACUCCUGUCAGACUGAAGGGAAAGUGUUCUUUUCUUCUAUAAAAUUAAAUAAAUAAGAUGAUUUUUCUUGCUUAUAGUUAAUCCUAGAAAGGCAAUACUAAAAGUAUAUAUUUUUUUUCCAAAAUGCUAUUUUUUACUGUACUUGAUAAAUACCUUGGCAGCUCUGAUCUCUGUAGCAGACCCUCUCUUCAGCUCUGGGCAGAACCAGGGGCCAGGUUCACACCAAAUUUGUAAAUACCAUCUUGGUCUGUGUCCAGGAACUUUUUUUUUCUAUGAAGAAACAAACAAAAACAAAAAAAAAAGAAAAACAAAAAAAGAGGAGGAAGGGGAGGAUGAAGGCAAGCUGGGAAGAGGAACAAAAUCACAUUUUCUUGCAAAAGAGACCUUCUCAAAGAGAUGGACAGAGCAUGACAGAGCAAAGCAACCAAGCCAGGAAGUGAGAAAGAGGCGCCUCAGACUGUCAUGCCAUUGGGAGCGCUAACACCACAGUUUAGUUCCCUUGAGAGGUAACAAAAACCUGGAAAUGCUCUAGGACUAGAUUUCCAUUUCUUAAAGACUCUCACCAUGCACUGUAUCUGCUCAGUUGUUUCGGUUGGGCUUUCUCUUUUCUUUAAAAAUGUCUUUACUGACUGUCUCCAGGCUUGUUUGCCUAAGUUCUUAGGUCGUUUACACAAGUUCUAAAUUCUUCUAGAACUUUAACUUCAUUGGAAGUGAACCCAGCUAGUGUAGCUCUGAGGUCCUGGCUGGUGUCAGUGGUGUUCUGGGCCUCUGGCAGAGCACCUCGCAACGGUCUCAGCUGGUUUAGAUAUGUUACCUUACGCAAACUGUGACCCAAUGGCAAUAAUUACCUCAAAUAUGGGCAUUCGUCCUGGUUUUAGCCUUUUCUGAAAUCAUGUAGCCAGCUUGACCUUGUCAUUCAAAAGACUAUGAAUUCUCCAUGGGCUGAAAGUAAGGAUGAACGCAUACCCCGGUCACUGUUGCCGAAGUGAGUCCUGAGAAUAGCUCGCCCUUCUACCAGAAGAGAUGGCCUUGUGUCAUGAUCAGUGUGAUGUCAAGGCUGUGUGGAGCGUGUUCCUCACCACGUAACAUGCCCUUUGUGCUCUCCGGUAUCAAGUAAACUCCACAGUUAACUGUGGAUACUCAAGCAUACUCUGGCUACAUUUUAUAGUUUAAGUACUUUAUAGUUUACAUUUAACCUGGUACUUCUUAAAAGAAAAUUGUUCCUAACUGCCAUCUUCAACCACAGCGAUUGAUUGACUCUUAAACCAGAAGCUGUGUCUCCCUGAGGCAGGCAUGUUCCGCUUAUACUGCUUGUAGCCCAAUAUGCGCGUUUCCUUUAUUGUUGCUUUCCAGGGACCCUGAGAGAAUGUGAGAGGAAGUCUAGAGGGAAUGGGAAGGGGUAAGUCCUGAGCCUGGGCCAGAUGCGGGGUCCUGUGCCAUGAGGAUCGGUACUUGUCAUCGAGGCCUUGACAGCAUGGAGGGGCGGUGAGAAGUGAUCCCUGCUCCAUCAACUUUGUCUUGGCUUGAAUGCUUCCUUCAGGACUAGAUCCCUCACCUGGCAGUAGGUGGUGCUGGUUCUCAGCAGCUGUGAAGGUAUGGUUGCUGUUUCUGGGUCCCCAGUGAACCUCUAGAGGUCAGCAUUUUGAGAAGGAGAACCAUACCGUUAUGCCAUCUUCACUGGCCGGGUUUUCACAUAUCACUACUGUCUUAGUCAUUUUUCUUUAAGAACAAAACCCAUGUAAAAUGAUGUGUACUUUAAUUUACCCAUUGUCCGGCUACGCUGUGAAACCUAGUUCAGAGGCCUCUGCUGAUGGACCGAAGGAGCUGGGGUGGACGAAGGGUGGCCCAUGGCGCUGGGUCCACGGAGGGGAUUUACAGUGAAACGGGCCUCAGAGCCAAGUGUGGGCUCCACUGGUAAGCAGGAGAAGACAGGAAAUACCAGUUUUCCUGAUCAUCUUGUUGGGCUUGGGGGUGUUUUAUUUUUGUCUUGUGUUUUGUCUUUAAGACAGGGUCUCGCCAUGUAGCCCUGGCUGGUCUGGAACUCACUAUGUGGACUGGGUUUUAUUUUAUUUUUCCUGUGCUACCACUGAACUGUGGAGGACCCAUGGUGAUCAAUAUGUGAUGUGAUUGUUCCUCCACAGACACCUUGAAAGCUGCAGCACGAGGUACAGGGCUGCUCACCUCUGCUUGCUUUGCCCCUGCGGCCAGGCCAGUGCUGGCGGCGUGCGCCUGUGGUCUCUGAGAAUGAACGUCCUGUACGAUGCUCUUCAUCUCACCCUCCUUAGUCAUACUCUGAGAUCCUGGUGUGUGUGUGUGUGUGUGUGUGUGUGUGUGUGUGUGUGUGUGUGUUUUCCUUUGCACUAAUAAACCAAAUGAAUUUUGUGUCAUUGUCUUUGGAGCUAACCCAUGUUUUUAAAAAUGAGAGGUAUAGAAAUGGGCUUUUCAUUAUUAUUUGAAAAGUUUAAAUUUACUGUAUCUAAAGAAGGGCUCUGCUGUCGCUCUUUUUAGUUUCCUCUCAACCAACUUCCAAAAAUGGAUCUCCCCUGCCCCUCCCCCUUGCAUUGACUCCUUGCUUCUGUUGCCACCUCUGCCCCCUGCUGUCAGCACAGACCUGCUCUGCUCAGGUGCUCAGGACUUCCAGGAAGCUCCAGUCAACUAGAAGACUUGCUUAGCCUUGAGAGCCUCACUCCUGCCUCCCUGGCUCCCUGCUGGGCUGACGGACAGUGGAUUUGCUAUUGAGGUGUCAGUGCUUUGGCUCAGGUUAGGAGGAAGGACAUAGGAAGUUGAACGUGGCGGUGACUCUGAGCAAGACGAAUAUACACACACCCUUCAAAGCAGAGGCCCUGUUCACGCUGUCUCCAAGUCGGCUAGCUCCCUGCCCUUCCACAUCCUUCUGUCUUGUGUACUGCCCAUUUGAGACUGGCUUUCUUCCAUGGGUUACCCAGGGCACAAUCAUUUCUAGCCCCAAAAGCACCCUUCACCCCUUUGCGUGUGUGUGUGUUUUUAACCAAAUGAAGUUGACAAGAAAGGCGUAUGUUGGGGCUGCAGGAUUCCUAGUGUAGUAGAAGCACUGUAUAGAUAGAGAUGUUGAUAUAUAUGUUUGUGUAUAUAUAUAUCAAGCCAAAUUUUCUGAUAGGAAAAGUAUAGCUUUAUGGAUGAGAAGGAAGAGGAGCCCUUUAGAGGUUGGAGAGCACUGAUGUGUCCAAUGAGCAAGGUGCAUCCUGUUCCUUCACUCGCAGCUAAGGCCCCAGCACCCAGCCCUCGCCAUCCACCUCACCUCAGCAGAGCUGGGAGACUGUGAGGGUUCUGCUGCUCUGCGGGUCUCCAGCAGCAAAGGCCUGGGAGAGGGAGGGACACAGACCAGCAUGACUGGGCUUUUCCACCCAUUUUGCUCUGACCGCAUGCAUUCAGCUACAGCCUGAUAUUAUCUCACAUUUUAAAAAAAAAUGGCACCGUGAAGACGGCGGGCGAGAGAGAUCGGUAGCAAUGCUUACCUUUCAGCUGCCUGUGGGUUCAGGACGCUCUGGGCAGGAAGACACACUCCCUGGGACUAAAACGGAGAAGAGGGGACCCGUCAAUGCCCAUUCCCCAGUCCAAGGAAGGAGGCUCCCUCCCCCAGGCCAUCUCACCUAGAUGUUUCUCUAGCAGGUCAGCUCAGCUCAGUCUCGACAACCCCUUGAAAGCCCUGGCCAGCGUGUCCCUUCACUGUACGGUUUCUGUGAUAAAGUGUUAAUCCAUGUUAAUCUAUGUGGGAACUAUUGCGUGCAACAGUAUUUUCUCGUGUACCUCCUUCUCCUCUGUGGCGUGUCUCUUCUUUUUAUUUAUAAUGUCUACUUUUGUUUAAAAGGACAAACCAGUGUGUCGUAGACCUCUGUAGCCUGUUCCUUAGUCUCAUUAUAGAUAUGUUAUAAGGGUGGAUAUUUUACUUGGCUUUAGAAUGUUUUUCAAGAAAACUAAUUCUUAACUGAUGAAGUUGUUGCUACUAAAAUGCUUGUUUUCAUCAUGAUGUCGUGCGCUUCUAAAUUAAUCAUCAUUUUCGUUGUAGAAAAAUGGAGUGAAUUUAUAUUAGUCUUGGAAACUAAUAAUAGCAUUGUAAAUUUAUGAGAUGAUUUUAACAGAAAAAUUAUAGAAGAAUAUAGUUAUUUUAAUUGUAAUAUUACUAACUGUAGGGUGAGGAAGGGGGGGUCCUGUUGUGGUGAACUCUGUUAUAGCUUGUUACUCAGUUUCUUUUUGAUCAUUUUUUCGGUCUCUGAGGUGAAGCGAGUUAUUAAUGGAAUCUGUACACUCACAUAUGCAUAUUGUAUAUGUGUAGAGAUGUGGUCACACUGUCUUGGAAUUACAUUAAACUGUUUGGAAUCAC